AUGGCCGAUCUAGAGACCCCCAGCUCGGCGGAGCAGCAGACUCCUACCAAGUCUCCGUUCCAGAAUGUCCGUACUGACGGUCGAGCUUUCGCCUCUCCGAAUUGGCGCACUAAGGGCAGCCCUGCUGCUCCAUCCGAUGCCUCCCCGAGCCGUGGCCCAAACCCGAACCUCAAUACGUCCCGCGCGGCCUUCAGUCGGCCCGGUCCUCAUGUCCCGCAGGCAAUCAGUGAUGGCCGUCGUCUUUACGUAGGCAACAUGCCUUACACUGCUAAGACAGAGGAUGUCAAGGCAAUUUUUAUGGCUGCGCAGAUGCCGAUUGAGGGUAUCGAUAUCGCCAUUGAUCCUUUCACUGGCCGUAACCCAUCUUACUGCUUCGUUGAUCUGCAGCACAAAGAACAUGCCAGCCGUGCUAUGUCCGAGCUUGAUGGCAUCGACAUGCUGGGCCGCCCGUUGAAGAUUAGGCCCGGUGUCGCAAAGUCCCAGGAGCGUAUUAACAACCCGCCUUCUCCAUUCAAUGUUAGCGGCUGGCGUGAGCAGGAGAGGCCCAGCUUUGCCAAGCUCAACAGUGACUCCAGCAGUCGGGUUUAUGUUGGUGGUUUGCCGCGGCUGACCGACCAUGAAGUUGUGCAGAACGGCAUUGAGACCUUCUUCAAGGACUUCAAGAUCGAGAACGUUAGCAAGCUGUUCACCCCCCACCCUGCUAAGAGGUUCGAAGAGGGCGAACACCACUACCUGUUCGUUGACGUCGGCUCCCCCGAAGAGGCUCAGCGAGCUAUGAAGACUUUGAAUCACUCGAUUGGCCCCUGGAACGGUCCACUGCGUGUGCAGUAUGCUCGCGGUUCUAAGACAACCGAGUGA